AUACCGGAAGUGAAGAAGUUCGAACGACGCUUUAAAAUUCUUCGCUGUUGAACGCGGCGGGACACGUGGUUCGGCUAGAUGUUUUGCUUGGAUAAAUAACUUGUUCAAACCUUCUUACCAAAGAUUACGUGAAAUAAUAUGGGAAAACCAGGAUUUGCCCCACGUGGUGGUGGUGGUGGAGGUUUUAGAGGAGGUGGUAGAGGUGGAUUCGGUGGCGAUCGAGGCGGUGGACGCGGAGGUGGUGGAGGUUUUAGGGGAGGUGGUCGAGGUGGAUUCGGCGGCGAUCGAGGCGGUGGACGAGGAGGUAGAGGCGGGUUUGGCGGCGGUCGCGGAGGAGGCACUCCAAGAGGUCGAGGAGGUGGUCGAGGAGGGGGCAGAGGAAGAGGCGGCGGAGGAUUCAAAGGUGGCAAAACUAUUAUUAUCGAACCCCAUCGUCACGAAGGAGUGUUUAUCGCGAGAGGAAAAGAAGACGCAUUGGUUACUUUAAAUUUGAUUCCCGGAUCCGAAGUCUAUGGAGAAAAGAGAAUCAGCGUUGACGGAGAGAAUGGAGAAAAAAUUGAGUACAGAGUUUGGAAUCCGUUCAGAUCAAAACUUGCUGCUGCGAUACUUGGAGGAGUAGAUCAAAUUCACAUGUCACCGGGAAGUAAAGUUUUAUACCUUGGAGCAGCUUCCGGUACUACUGUCUCUCAUGUAGCAGAUAUUGUUGGACCUGAAGGUCUAGUGUAUGCUGUUGAAUUUUCACAUAGAUCGGGAAGAGAUCUGAUAAAUGUAGCUAAAAAGAGAACAAAUAUAAUUCCAAUAAUUGAAGAUGCUAGACAUCCUCAUAAAUAUAGAAUGUUAAUUGGUAUGGUUGACACAGUUUUUGCAGAUGUUGCUCAACCAGAUCAAGCAAGAAUUGUUAGUCUUAAUUCACAAUAUUUCCUGAAAAAUGGAGGACAUUUUGUUAUUUCAAUUAAGGCCAGUUGUAUAGAUUCGACUGCGCAACCAGAAGCAGUUUUCGCCGCAGAAGUUAAAAAGCUCAUCGCGGAUAAACUGAAACCACAGGAACAGAUUACUCUUGAGCCCUAUGAAAGAGAUCACGCGGUUGUUGUUGGCAUAUUCAGGCCACCACCAAAAAAAGCUGCGUAACAUCUGUGAUUAUCUUAAUUGUAAACUGCGUUAUAUUUACUUUUUUAUAAAAAGAAAACUGUUUCCUUCUUCUUUUUCUCUCCAUCCUUUUUUUUUUUUUUUUGGUAAUACAAGAGAUA